AGUCAACAGGCCCGCUAAAAUGGACCCCCCUUUAAAUGAACGUAGCUAGUAAUCAACCUGAAGCAUCUUAAAUUUUCAAACCGUGAAGACUCUUCGAAGUUCACUCUGAUUUGAUUCUUCCUGAUGCUUAAUGUAUACUAUCGUGCCCACAGACAAGGGACUAUUAAACGCUUCGUCACCCACGCCCGAUUCAUUCCCCAUCGUCUCCACCUUUCUCCUAUUCAAUCAGUUAUUUUCUCCCCCCAUUUCCCCAUCUGAAAUUAGUCUGACCUUCAUUAUUCUAGAUUUCAAUCCUUAUUAUUCUUCCUUUCUUUUCCUUCACACCUUCAUUUUUGGAUCUUAUGUUUUGUCCUGCAAUUGCAUUGCACCACCGCGAUACGAUACGAGUAUUUGUUGUUUGAUACAAGUCGAGUAACAUUCACUAGCACCUCGGGAAAGCAACUACGGAAACCCCCAGGCGGAAGUCGCCAUUACAGCCCGAAAGAAGCCCCCAAAAUGCCUCGGAUACCUGUGCACCGAUUUCUCGCCAUCGCGACAGUAGCUUUUUUUCUCAUUUUGUCAUACUAUCACCAGAACGUUUCGCAGACUUUGGUACCUGCAUUUAGGGAAACGCCAAAAGAAGAACAUGCAUCGGUACCAGAAAAGUCUUCAGCAGCUGCAAAGCAGAUCGCCCAGACUCAUGAAACACAACAAACCCAGGUCGCAUCAGUGGAAUUAAAUAUCACUGAUGUUGAUGAUGCUGCGUUUUUGAGAGAUGUCUUGAAAAAGAACAAUGUCGAGAUGAAUAUUAACUAUGUCAUGAGAACUAUACGAUAUGUUACAGAUGCGAAAGAGAGACCUUUGAUGACGAACACCAGCCAGGAAUUAUUUCCUAGCGGGUGGAAGAGGGUUAAGCUUGAUGAGGUAGAAAGACUUCCAGCCGAUACAUUAGAGCCUUUGGAAAUCCACGUUAUGAGAACACCACGACCGGACGAGAUUGAUGCUUCUGAGUUAUUGUUUGGAGUUUCAACCACUUACAAGAGAUUCAAUGACGAGGUUGAGGGACCAAUAAAGGAAUGGGUACGAUGGCUCACAGAUGGAAAUGGCACAUCGAACGGAGCAGGUCUUGUUUUACAAUUGCACGAUACUAGCGAUGAGCAAUUAGAAGCUGCUCAGAAAUUGCUCACCGGUGUUGGAAUUGAUGCGACUGUCAUACAUUCGGAUCCUAUGCUUGAUAUGCCGGGAAGAUAUGUCGAUUUGGUACCACUUCUUUACAGCCAUCCAUCGAGGCCGAGCAGGAAAUAUUUGGCAUUGAUUGAUGAUGACACGUUCUUUCCCUCGCUCGGCGCAUUGAUGAAGGAAUUGCACAGUUAUGAUCCGCACGAAGAGUACUAUAUCGGUACUCUUACAGAGAGAGUGGAUUUCAUCAUGCACGAUCGAGUUCCUAUGGUAAGCACUUAAGAUCCCUUCCCGUUAAGCUGCCACUAACAAAAUAUAGGCUUACGGCGGCGCCGGUGUAUUCCUCACUCCUCCCCUCGCACACACAUUGAUUGGACUUCCCUGCCUCGACGUCGAUGAUGCCACCGGCGAAUAUACCGAAUCCGGCUUCCAAGGCGAUAGACUCCUCUACCAUUGUAUCAAAAACCACACCUCCAUCACGCUAGACUAUCUUCCUCGGCUCAACCAACUAGAUCAAUGGGGCGACCCAGCCGGUUUUUACGAAGCUGGUCAUCAACCCCUUUCUUUACAUCAUUACAAAUCCUGGCAUCAUGCUACUCCCGAGAUAUCUCACAUUGUUGCCGAUGCCUGCGGUGAAGCUUGUGUAUUCCAACGAUUCGGUUUCGACGGAAAGGAUUUGUCAAAAUGGGUCCUCACAAAUGGUUACUCCCUUGCCGAAUACCCAACAGGUAUUCAUUGGGAUAUGUCGAAAACAGAGAGUACAUUCGAUCUCGGCGAAUCUGAUACCUGGGCUUCUGGAAAGGAGGAUGUGCGCUUGGCUUUUGCAUAUGGUGCUCUUCGUGAAGGAUUGAGUCAUACUGGCAAGAAACGGGCCUGGGAGGCUAUGGGAGGAAGAAAGAGGGCGGAUGGAGUGGUGGAUAUGGUUUAUGUGAAGAGGAGAGGUGAUCAUAGGUGGAUUGGUGAACAUGAGAAAGAAGACGAGAGAGAAAGUUGUGUGAUUUUGAGGUUCAUUCCUUAAUUUUCUCCUCCACUUCAUUCCUGAAGUAGUGCGACCAGGUACGUGCGUGCAUGCGUGCACAAAACUUUCUGAGUUUCGAUUUGCUGGAUUUGGGAAGUGUAUAUAUUCGUGUGUUGCCAGGCACCUUGCAUAGGGUUCUAUUCUGUUCUUUACAAGGCGUUAUUUGGAUACAGGUGUAUAGAUUUCCCACGCAUUGAAUGCUGGGAUAAUCUGGCAGGCGUUUUGGCAUAGAUUAUUUUAAGCAGCGAGAUGAGGAUGGCGAAGGGGACUGGAUUUAUCCCGAUCGAAUCUAUGUGUAUAUGUAUGAGGGAAAUCUAUGGUAGAUAUCUAUAGACGGGAUGAUGAAAUUUAUGUUUAUAUAGAUAGAGACAAAGAUAGACAAAUAGUAGUAGUACAAUAGUAGGGAAAGGAUAAUACGAUUUUCCCGGAUUCUGAAACUGGGCACUAGUGUGCUCGAUGA